AUGCCUAUUAGGCAAAAUAAAGUCGGUUUCACGACGGAUCAUGACGACGAGGGACACAGGGUAUCAUGUGGCCGGAAGCGACGAGGCAGAAGAUUUCGGAAAUCUUCUCACCAGGAGCAAGAUGAGGCUUCAUCUUAUUUGACUGCAGUACAAUGCGUAUAUGCGUUUGCAUCAUGGUUUGGUCGGGGAGUAAGGAAGACAAACAAAAUCUUGACAUUCGCUCGCUGCUGUAAAACCUCGACUGGAAACGGCGGUGACGAGGAAAACUCUAGAGAAGUUCAUAGGGAUGGAAAGAUUUCUUCAAAGACUUCUUCACAGUCUGCAAAUCAGGACGAUAUCGGAUCUGAAAUGGUCGAGAAGCUUUAUUCUGGAAACGGAAAUAAAUCGAAUUUGGGUGACCAACAGCACCCGAAAAAGUCAUCUGACAAGAUUAGUACAAUUGAUGAUAAAGAAACACUUUCUUAUAUCGAUCAUGAGCGAUACAAUGACGGAAAACGUGGAAAUACGCUCCCACCUCUUGGAAUUCCUGGCACUAAAUCGCCAAGGGACUUCGCCAGUGGAGGAAACGGAGAAAUUUCAAAACUUCAUUCUAACGCUGAUUUGCAAAAGAGAAGUCUUACCAAAGACAAAGUUGUCAAAGAACUUUCAGAUUCGAAAAGUUCGAAAGAUCAAGAUCAUGAUGCGACAUCAAUGUCUCUUCCACCUGUAUUGACUGGAAUAUUGCCGCAGUCUGGUGACAAGUCUGUCGAUAUGGGAAAAAACGUUCCUUGUCAAGGAAUGAGCAAAGAAAUAGACGACAACAUGAUAAAAUUCAUGGAACAAUUAGAUGAUCAAAAGAAAUCAUUGAUUCGUGGUUUGGAAUCAAUUGCUUCGGCAAAAUUAUGGUUCGAAAAAAGUUUGGAUUUUGUAAAAGAAAAACAGUCUCAAAUGAAUUUGAACAUAAAUGAAGAUUCUGCUUUGUCGGGAACAUCAACAUCAUCUGAAAAUAUUUGCAAUAAAGUUUCUCAAUCGGGAGACUCGUUGAGCAACUUCAAAGUUGACAACAUGGCGGAAACAGAACAACAAUUACAUUCACUCAUCAACACAGCUAAAAGAUUGGAACAAUUUGUAGCAUCUUCAAAAAUAUGGACAAUGGGGAAAGCAGAUGACGUCAAACCCAAGAAACUUGAACAGAAAUCAACUCAGACUAACAAUCAUACAGUUGGCAAACAAAAAGUUGAGAAGGUAAUUGACGAAAGUGCUCAUUUGGUAACUGUACCUGGAACUAACGAAGCUACAAGUACUCUGCCGACUAGCAAUGCAAAUGUAGCAGAGAACAAAUUUUCUUUACAAGCUACGUCUCUAAUUGGCGAUGCUUUCAAUACUGAGCUUACCAGCGAUGCAAACGUACGGUAUCUCAGACGACCGAGGUGA